CGCGGGAAAAAGCAGGCUGGUAGACGUGAGCUCGGGUGAAAGUAUUGGGGAAACAAAGUUAUCGAGCCAAACAAGGCAGCCAUGGACCCCUCGGAGGUAGAGUUCCUCGCCGAGAAAGAGAUGGUGAAGAUAAUACCAAACUUCAGUUUGGACAAGAUCUAUCUGAUCGGGGGUGACCUGGGUCCCUUCAACCCGGGGCUGCCUGUGGAUGUUCCCGUGUGGCUGGCUCUCAACUUGAAGCAGAGGCAGAAAUGUCGACUCGUUCCUCCUGCGUGGAUGGAUGUUGAGAAACUGGAGGAGAUGCGAGAGCUUGAGAGGAAGGAGGACACCUUUACUCCAGUUCCCAGUCCGUACUACAUGGAGCUGACCAAAGUGCUGCUGAACUAUGCGUCUGACGACAUCCCCAAAGCAGAUGAGAUCCGCACGCUGGUCAAAGACAUCUGGGACACGCGUAUUGCCAAACUCCGCCUCUCCGCUGACAGCUUCAUCAGUCAGCUGGAGGCGCAUGCCAAGCUGGACAACCUGACUCUGAUGGAGAUCAACACCAUACGAGCGUUUCUUCUUGACUCUCUCAACUGCAUGUACAAACUACGUUCCAACCUGCAGCCGGGUUCAAGUAAAAAACAGUUCACGGACUAUUGAGGCCCGACAACCGGUUUGGACCGCAGACCGAGAAUCUGAUCAUCUUUGGACUAAGGACUGACCGUUCUCCCCAGGCUCCGGCAUUACUGAUUUAAGCUAAUGGAAUUUUACUCAGCUUCUUUUAAGGGGUAAUAUAUAUAUAUGUGUGUGUGUAUAUAUAUAUUUUUGGAGUCACCAUUUCUGUGUGUUUGUAAAUAAAUGUAUUUUGUAGUA